CGUGAAUUAUGCAACUUUUCAAGAUGAAUCUGAUAUUCACACGGAUAAUAAGAAGAUUUGGAGAAGGAAAACGAAAAACGCCAUUUCCAGGUGACCCGAUUCUUGUUCCAGAUGAGCCGUACGAUAGUAAGAUCCAAGAAUCCCAGCUAUCUCCAAUGCCACAAAUCGACGCAAAGCUGAUCAACCAUCUCGAGCGGCUCUCACUCGUUCGAUUCGAUUCAGAGCAAGCUGUUGCGAAUCUGCGGAGCUCGAUUCGUGUCGCCAAGCGUCUGGAGCUCGUGGAUGUCGAGGGCGUCGAGCCGAUGCACACCGUUUGGGAAGAUCAAGAGUGUCCGACGUUUGAGGAUGUUGAAGAGGAUCCGUUGCCGAUUGAGGAGGUUUUUCGGAAUGCUAGCCUCCGAUUCGACGAUUUCUUUGUGACACCACCGGGAAAUCUGCCGCUCGAGUCGAAGGAACGAUUCGAUUUGAAUGUGAUUAAUGAGUGGGAUACGAUUGGGAAGCCUGUUGCUCCUGAAGUCAAGCUCACAAGGAUGACGGAAAGGAAGAAAUAAAUAAAGAGAAAUAUAUAUAUGUUUUGUAUAAUAAAAAAUUGAAUUUU